GCGUUUACAUUUGAAACGGUGUAUUGUAUUAAUUGUAAUUAGUAUAAAUGAUUAAUUCUACAAACUACGCACAACUUUAAUAUACUUAGAAAUUUCUGUUACGUGACAUAGAAAAUAAAAUGACACACCAAAAGCUUUCAAUAUUUAUGGAAUUUAUGUUAAUUGUUACAAUAGCUUUUUUCGCUGCUAUCAAUGCUGAAGAUAAUGUUGCAAUUACUUAUAAUUUGCCAAACAAUAUAGUACCGCAUUAUGACGUCAAAUUAAUAUUUGAUUUCGAUGAAAAGAUUUUAGUGGGCGAUUGCAAUAUUACUAUUUUUAUUGAAAGUCUAACAACAAAUUUAACUAUACCUUCAGGGAUUUUUUCCAUACUUAAUGUUGUUUUAAUUGACCAUUUUUAUGAAAGAAGAAUUUAUAUUUCAAAGUAUUCGAUCAUCAAUAAACCGCAUGUGCUUAUUAUUGAUUUUACUAACGUAAAAUCGCCAAAAAUGUAUCCACAGUUUUUAAUACCUGGGAAAUAUACUAUAAAAAUAACAUAUGUACAUCAUAUGAAUGAUAACACAAAUAACUUCUCUCAAAUUUUAUUUCAGAACCAAGAUGAAAUGUUGACUGCAACAAGAAAUAAUAAUAAUGAUAAUACGAUGCAUGAAAUAAUGAUAGCUCGACAAUUAUUCCCAUGUUGGGAUGAGCCAAAACUGAAAGCCACCUUCAAAAUUUCUAUCAAGCUUCAUAGAAAUACACUGCUCUAUCAAAUGCACCAAUACAAAAACUAGAAAUGGAUGAAAAUGACAUGAUAUUGACACACUUUAAAAAUUCAUCUUUUAUACCCAUUCAUCAUUUAAAAGUUAUAAUAUCCACGUUCACUGCGAUUUCUACAUAUGCAAACGUCACAUUUUGGUGUAACACAAGAAAUAACAUGACACAAUAUUUACUAUUUGCGACGUUUGUUGCCGAACGAGCCUUGUAUUUUUUCAAAAACCAAAUUACGAUAAAAAUACCAGAAAUGAAUUAUAUUGUAUUUUCGGAUAUUAGAUACAGCAGCUUUGAAGCACGGAAAUUCAUUCUUCAAAGGAAAGAAUAUGUUACUUACAACGAACAAUUGCAUCCUUGUAGGCGUAAAAUAGAAGUGGCACACUUAAUAAUUCGUCAGAUGGCAUUUGUUUGUUUUGGCGAUGCAUUUUUAUGGACAAAAAAAUGGUUUUGCUACAUUUUUUGAACUGUAUAUUUUGAAUGAGAUUAUUCCAGAAUAUCGCCCAAUGGAUUUAUUUGCGUGGAAAGACAACAGGAACUUUUCCGGCUCCAUACUUUUUCUAAUAUGUAUUCUUUUAGAUUAAACAUUCAUGAAAUUCAUACACUUAGGUUUCCGCCACAUUAUUCAAAAUUAUUAGUUAUAUGGCGCAUGUUAUAUCAUAUAAUGACUCGUAAGAUAUUUUGGUUUGGUAUCAACACGUAUGUAAACAUGCAGAAUAAUCUGACAGAUGCGACAGAUACUGAUGGUAUAUUUAAUAUCACAUCAUUUUCGGCUGCUAUGCACAGGGCUCUAAAUGUAACGAAUAGUACACUCGAUAUAAUAAAUUUUUACAAUACUUGGUUAACAGAAGCACAUUAUCCCAUACUGUACGUGGCAAGAAAUUAUAUCAGUAACGUAACAAUAAUCUCGUAUACUUAUUAUCAUCGUGCAUCGCAUGACAAUAAACCAUUUUCAAUAUAUGUGACAUAUACGACGGAAUCAAUCAUGAACUUUGAGACAUUAAAUGCCAAAGAAUUCGUCUGGCUGACUCCAAUUACACCGGAUUAUUUGGUAUUGCCUGCGAUUGACAAUAAGGAUUGGAUUAUAGUCAAUUUACAACAAACUGGAUACUAUCGCGUCAAUUAUGAUGAGGAUAACUGGAAAAAACUUGCAAACUAUUUAUAUAAAAAUCAUGCCAAUAUACAUGUUCUCAAUCGAGCCCAAAUCAUUGAUGAUGCAUUUUAUUUUGUUCAGCAAAGAGAACUCAAUCCUACCAUAUUUUGGAGUGUUAUAAGAUACCUAUAUAAUGAUACAGACUAUGUAGCAUGGUAUCCUAUGAUUAAAGCUAUUGAAUAUAUGACGUGUGUUUGGGCACUUCCAGAUGAUAUAAUUCACAAUAUUAAUAACAUAUUCCGCAAUCUGCUGCUAAAUUUGAGAUACCAUGACGAAAUAAACGAAAGCGAGUUAACUAAACGUUUAAGAGAAGAAGUGAUGAAAUGGGCAUGUGCUUUCAAUGCACCGGAAUGUAGAAUAAUAGCCACAUUACAAUUAAAAAAACAUUUUGAAAGUACAAAUACAUAUUCUGUACAAGACAAACUUGGACAGAAUUGGAAGGAACGGUUAUACUGUAAAGGCUUAAUGUCAGCAGACAUGAAUACUUGGGUCAUGGUAUUUCAGCAAUGGAAUGCAACAUUUGAUAAUACAAUUUUAGAUUACUUAACUUGCUCUACAAAUCCUGAUAUUAUUAAAUUCUAUUUGCAAUUAGUAAAAAAUGAUGUUUUUUAUUUAAGUGUAACAAACAGUAAAAUAAAUGUUAAUAUUAUUCUCCUUAUUAUUGCGAAACAUGCAAGAAAGGAUACAGUACUCAAUUAUAUAUUCAAUCAUUUAGAAUUCUUCGACUUAAGUGGAAAAAGGCAUAUUGAUGAAAUUGCCAUAUUAAUUGUUAUCAUAACGCACGAGCAUGAUGUUGAACAAUUCACAAAGAUGCUUUAAAUGAAAAUUACCAUGGCAUUCCGACAAGUUCUGUUAAAUGUCGAAUUAAUAUUCAUUGUGAUAAUUAUACUAUCUAUUGCAAAAUUUACAAAAAGUGAUACUAAAACUAAUUACAAUAUUUUGAAUGACACUGAUAUAAUACCAUUGAAUUAUAAUGUUAAAAUAAAAUUUGACGUAUACAGAAAUAUUAUUUUUGGUAAAUGUUAUACCACAAUAAAAGUUUGUCGACCAACGAAAAAUAUUACUAUCAUGGGCUCAGAGACUUUUGCUAUAGUUAAAAUUCAUUUAUUUAACAACGAUACUAAUCAAACUAUAGACAUCUCAAAAUAUUCUUUUAUCGACAAAACGUACAUUCAUCUUGAUUUCACCCAGUCUUCAAUAGAUUUUUUAUCUCCUGGUACGUAUAUCUUAAAAAUUAUAUACGACCGUACCAUAUUAGAUGACGGUGACUUUUUCAAAUUUUUCUACACAGAUAAAAAAGAAGACAAAGUAUUAAACAACAAAGGUAGUAUGAUAAUAAAAGCACGACAACUAUUUCCAUGUUUGAACGAGUCGGUAUUUAAAUCAACCUUUCACAUUUACAUCAAGCAUCAUAAAAACUACACAUUUUUAUCAAAUCUGCCGAUAAACAAAAAAGUUGACGAUUUGAAUGACAUGCUGUGGACUCUGUUUGACACAUCAUCUUUAAUGUCCGUUGAACAUUUAACAUUUAAGAUGACAACAUUGUAUUAUGACUUAAAUAAUUUUUCUCUUGAUGCAAAUCUCAAAUUUUGGCAUAGAACAGAGAUAACAGAACAGAUGCAAUAUGCAAAAAUCUAUGCUUCUAAAAUUCUGAAUUAUUUGGCAGAAAAAAAUAAAAAAAAAUUACCAGAACUGAAUUACAUUAUAAUUAGGGACUAUCAGUUUAAUCACGGAAAGGUAAAGGGAUUUAUUCUAUUAAGGGAAGAAGAUGUUCUUUAUAAUGAGACAUUAGAUCAUGUUGUCCGCAAAAUGGAAAUAGCAAACUUAAUAGCACAUGAAACGAUAUCUUAUUGGUAUGAUGAUGUGUUUCUAUGGGCAAAAGACGGAUUUAUUGCAUUUCUUGCAGCACAUACUUUGCAUCAGACUUACUUGUAUCACAUGAAUUUAUUUGUCGUUCAAACACUACAGGAGUCUUUACGACUCGAUGAUUCUUUUCAUCCAUCAUACUUCGCAUAUGACUCUAUAGUUCAUCCAUAUAGAUCAUCUCAUCAUUACAUAAAAUCAUCCGUUAUAUGGCGUACGUUAUAUAAUAUAAUAUCUGAUGAUGUGUUUUGGACAGCUAUCAACAGAUAUGUAAACACACUAGAUAGUCGAACAACCGCGACAGAUACUAUGAAUUUAUCUGACGUGUCAUUUUGGAUUGUUCUGGAAAGUGCUCUGAAUGAAACGAAUAACACAUCUAACUUUAAUAUGACAGAUUUGAUCUAUAAUUGGUCAAUGGAAGGAUAUUAUCCUACACUGUACGUGACACAAAAUAAUUCGAAGACAUUAAUUACAUAUAGUAAUUAUGAAUAUACAUUUAUUUUUGGCAUGAAGCGAUAUCCAGUUUAUGUGACAUAUUCAUCAAAAUCAAUCUUAUAUUUUGAGUCAUUACAUUACUGUUGGCUAUCUCCAUUACAACCGUACUGUUAUUUACUUGACAUUGACAGUAAUGAGUGGAUUAUAGUCAAUUUACAACAAAUUGGGUACUAUCGCGUCAAUUAUAAUGAGGAUAACUGGCAAAAACUUCAGUAUUAUAUGUACUUUGUAAAUUAUACCCACAUUUCUGUUUGCAAUCGAGCCCAAAUCGUUGAUGACGCCUUUCAUUUUAUGAUCAGAGGACAACUCAAUUUCGAUUUGUUUUGGGAUGUUACAAGUUUCCUCUUAAGAGAUACAAACUAUGUAGCAUGGUAUCCUAUGAUUAAAGCUGUUGAAUAUAUGGCGUGUAUGUGGGCAUUUAAAGAUGAUAUAAGUGCAAAGAACAAAAUUAAAUACAUGUUCCAUGGACUUCUGUUGAAUAUAGAAUACGAUGACACAGAUAGUGAUGACGAUUUUACUAAAUGUUUAAGAGAAGAAGCGAUAAAAUGGGCAUGUAUUCUCGAUGCUUCUGACUGUAGAAAAACAGUCACCUCUCAAUUAGAAAGACAUCUUGUAAAUUCUGCAGGAGACGAAUUUUUAAGACGGAACGAAUGGUUAUACUGUAAAGGUUUAAUGGCAGCAAACAUCAGUAUUUGGCGAAUGGUGUGGAAUAAAUGGGAUUCAUCAUUCGAUAAAAAAUUUUUAGAAUACUUAACUUGCUCUACAAAUACUCUCACUAUUAGAUCGUAUUUGAUUAUAUUAAGCAAAGAUAAUUUUUUUCCGUCAUACAAUAAAGCGAAAAUUGCUAAUAUUUUUCUCCUUAUUUUUGCAAAACAUGCAAGAAAUAAUGUAGUACUCGAUUUUAUAUUCAACAAUACACAAUUCUUCGAUUUAAGUAAAAAAAGGCAUGUUGACGAAAUUGCCGUAUUAAUUGUUAUCAUAACGCACGAGCAUGAAGCGGAACAAUUCAAAAAAAUAAGUGAAUUCGUUAAAAAUAAUCCGACAAUGAAUACAAAGCAAGUAGUUGAUGCUGUUGAACACAAAAUAGAAAAACGAAAAAAGGAACACAAUGAGAAAGUCGAAAUAUACAGGCAAAUCGAUAGAAUAAUAUAAUGGAAUAGACAAACAAUUGAAUCCAUGAAGGAUUCAAUUUAAACAAUAGUUUUUUACAUGUUACUCACAUGCAUUCAUUUAUUAAUCAUUUUUGUAAUUUUCUUUUAUUGUUGUAUUAAAUAUUUUUUCUCAAUUUUAAAA